UCUUAUUUUCUUUAAGCAGAUUAUUUAAUUGAACCGGUCGUUUCUCGCGAAAACAGUUUACCUGGACAUUCAUGAACUUGAGAAAUUUAUUGGUGGGGAUGAGCUAUUUCGUUGAAUGAAGCAAACGCCUCUGGUGCCGUUAGGAGGAUGAGCUCCAUCGCCGGUCGGGAUCUACCUGUCUCCGCCACUUCUGUCAGCAACCCUGGAGCUACAUCUUCUCGAGCUCUGCAUGUUGAACUCACAUCCCAGCAGAGACGCUUGCGUCACCUGCGGAGUAUUGCAGCCCGUAAUAUCGUGAACAGAAAUGGCUCUCCGCUGUUGGACACAUACUUCACCCUUCACCUCUGCCUGGAGGACCGUAUAUCGAAAGACUUUUACAAAAGCGAAGUCAUACGAGACUCUCUGAACCCAACGUGGCGGAGUCUGGACUUUGCCAUGUUGCCGGACCUUCUGGAUACGUCAGUGUCCUGUUUUGUGGUGAGAAUCUGGGGGGGCAGGGAGGAGCAGUACCAGCUCCUGAUAGAGUGGAAGGUCAACCUGGACGGACUCCGAUACACAGGUCAACAGAUACGCUCCAGGAACCCAAAUGAGAUCAUAUUCGGACUGAAUGAUGGCUACUAUGCAGCUGACUUUGAUCAAAAGGAUCACUCUGAAAGAAAAAAGAACAGCUUACUUCAGGUUGACCAGAGUUCUGUGAGAAACUCGUAUAGCGUCUUCUCCUUACUGAGACUGCACACAGCCCAGAGGGCCAUCAAACAGACCCAGGUGACUGUGCAGAAGAUUGGGAAGGAGAUCGAGGUGAAGCUGAGGACGACUGCCGCCUGCACUGAGAGAAAGAAGGAGAGGGAGUGUAUGCAGUUGCGUAUUGGUAUUCUGAAAAGUGAACUGGAGAGACAAAGGAAAGCACUUGGAAGAGAGACGGAUGCGUUGAAGAAAGAGACAGCGCAACUUCAAAAGAAAGAAGAGGCGUUCUCCACGAAACAUCAGAGUCUGAAGGCAGAGAGAGCAUCGUUAAACGAGCAGCAGAAAGAAUGCACUGCUAAAAGAGAGCUGUUCCUGAAGUCCAACGCUCAGCUCACUUUCCGCUGCCGGCAGCUCCUGUCCGAACUCUCUUACAUUUACCCUAUCGAUGUGAACAAUCAAUCUGAUUACGUCAUCUGCGGUGUGAAGUUGCCGAACUCUGAAGAUUUUCAAGCAAAGGAUGAUGGGAGCAUAGCUGUCGCCCUGGGUUACACGGCACACCUGGUGCUGAUGAUCUCGUGCUUCCUGCAGAUCCCCCUCAGGUAUCCAGUCAUCCACAAAGGCUCCAGAUCCUCCAUCAAAGACACCAUCACGGACAAGCUGAGUGAGAAGGAAAGAGAGUUUCCUUUGUAUCCAAGAGGAGAACGCUUCCAGUUUGAGUAUGGCGUCUACCUCCUCAACAAAAACAUUGCGCAGCUUAGGUACCAACACGGCCUCUCAACCCCGGACCUUAGGCAGACGCUGCCCAACCUGAAGAACUUUUUGGAGCAUGGGCUUCUGGUUCGCUGUGACAGGCACCAUGUGUCCAGUUCAAUUCCGGUCCCGGUGAAGUCUCAGCUCAGCGUCGGGGCGGCGUCUGAAAUGGCUUACCCGGCUCACACGAGCUCGCCCGAUCGAGGGGCCCGCAAGAGGGCCAGCUCCGAGGCCGACAAGCAAAAUUACAAAACCUCUCCGUCCCACUUCAAAAACUCUGCCGACGAGCCGGUUCCCACAUCCGCGGCCGAGGCCCAACCCAAACAGAUGUCUUCAUCUCUAGACUCCGACAUCUUGGCCAAAGCGGCGGCGGCGGCGGCUGUGCCGGUACAAGAGGCCGAGGCGAAGGAGGAGCAAGAACCGGAACCCGGGCCAACAUCCGCCACCGCACCUGAAGACCACCAUCUCACCUCCACAUGCCAGACGGAGGUGCCCUUUAGCACCCAGCAGCACCCAGGGGCUAUGAACGGCUCUGCGGUUCCAGGAGUUGCUGAACUGUGCUGCUCUGUGGAGCAGGCGGAGGAGAUUAUGGGGACAGAGGCCACGGGACUUGGCUUGGGGCUUGGUUUGGGUUUGGGUUUGAGCAGUGGGGCUCGUCUGGAGGAUUUCCCCUGCAUUCCCGUGGAGCAUGCGGUGGCGGUGGAGUGCGACGAGCAAGUGCUGGGCGAACUGGACGCCGCAGGGUUCGAGGAGUUCUCCCGUCGCAUCUAUGCACUAAAUGAGAAUAUGUCCAGCUUCCGCCGGCCACGCAAGAACUCCGACAAGUGACAGGAACGUAAAGCUCAGAGAGGGGUAGGGGAAUAGGUCAGAGGUUAAAGGUCCAGGCAGGGUGAGAUAGAGCUGAGCCUAACCUUAGUGACCUCACCCUGACAGCAAAUAUAGACAGUAUGUG